UUUAAAUAUAUUAUGGUGGCGAAUCUCUUCCGUUUCAAUGGCUUUCCCAUUUUCUUGAGUUUUAUUUUUUUAUUUUUUAUUUCAGCAAUCAACAACGAUCUCUUGUCUGUCUUAUUAUUUUGCAUGCUUAACUUCUGACAUUGUCCUGACGUCUACACGGUGCCCAGAAAUAAACUUAAAUACUGAAAUGAUCUAAAUGUGAUGGUGUAGGUACAAAUGAGAUAUGAAAUUUCAAACUUCGAGUCCCGUUGCGAUAUUGAUUUAAAUUAGCAGCGAUAUUAAUGCAUUGAAUUGUUGGUUCUUACAAUAAACUCAAUUUCGCCAGUGACACAAUAUGGACGAGUAGAACGACAAUAGCACGUGGGCUUGGUGACUGAAUCAGAUCAGGCUCUUAAUAGGCGUCCACAAAACGUGAACCACUGAUUAAGUCAUUAAUGUUAUCGAAGAUCUGAGGGCGUGGGUGAGCCAGAAUCAAUCUGAUCGCAUUCGUAUUGUCAAGCGUGCUCAGUGCCGCUUGUAAGAUAGUCGUGUUAAAAGUUGUUCGAAAUAGGAUAUCGUUGCAUUCAACCUUGUUAUCCGAUAACGAAAUCCAAUCUUCUAGAACUCGACACGCAUAAAGCACACAGUGAAGUUUCUUUAUUGAUCUCGCUAUUGAGUUUAUCAGUUAAUCGUGGGUACCUUAAGAUUUCACACGUGCGAUAUACCCGAUUCUCAUGAUGCGGCGGAAAGAUCCGGCUCCGUCGCAUACAGGCCGAGGCAAGAGCCUUAUAUCGAUAAGAACAAAUCAGCAGCAGCAGCGCAAGAUACCACCAUGCAGAAGUAUGCUUCCAAGAAGCUAUUCUACCCCGACUUCGCAAAAUGAAACCGAUCCUACACAGAACAGGGGGUACGUUAUGAGAAGCUUCUCAUCACCAGAACAAAAGCAAACAGACCGAAGAAUGAAUUCUGAUUCAUUUUAUAGGCCUAAAGCCCUCGGCUCUAGGACCGAAUUGGAUUCAGACCUUGAGAACUUCGAACAGUUUGAAGAUUGUUUCAUUGAUAUUGACGCGGAAGAUUCGAUUGGUCAAUACAAAAGCAGUCCUGAGAGAGACGAACCGAAAAAGGUAGUAGCCUCGCUGCUUCCCGGGAGCGGUCUACAAAAGAUUUCCAUGUUACCUAUGAAGUCCGAAACAAGACAAUCGCUGCAGAAUACUCGAGACGCUAUGAAGAAGUUAUCGGGAAGGAGAAACCAAAGUGAAAGUCGACUAAAUUUUCAACCAUUGGUACUAAACGUUCCGACACGUCACGUAGUGUCGGAUGAUCGUUCUUCGUCUGAUGUAGAAGAAUUGCAGAUAUCACCGCAAUAUGAUGUCGAGGCUGCCGACCUUGAACGAGAGCUGGACAAUGCAGAGCACCAUCUGGACAAAGAGAUCGCCAUUGCAACCGAAGAAAGCGACGCUGAUACUGUAAGUUAAAUAUGAUAGCACUAGCUUUUGCCCGCGACUCGGUCCUUGUGAAAUAAUUACUUUGGCAUGACGCUAAAUUUUACCC